GGAAGCUGCUGCGCACGCUAGCUUCAGGGCCGGGCGGAAGUCGACGUCGCCGCGCCGCCGCCGCGUGACGCACUUCCUGUUUGUUGUUGGAGAAAAGGAGAGAAAGGAAAGCGCGAGGAGACGCCGCCGCCGCCACUGCCACCAGCGCAGCUGUGCCACAGCCGCGAGGAGACCGGCCGCCUGACUUCCCUCCUCGCCGGCCGCCGUGUCCUCGGAUUUGUUCCAACAGUCAGUUAAAACAUGGUGGAUUACUAUGAAGUGCUGGGCGUGCAGAGACAUGCCUCACCUGAGGACAUUAAAAAGGCGUAUCGAAAACAGGCACUUAAAUGGCACCCAGACAAAAAUCCUGAAAAUAAAGAAGAAGCAGAGCGGAAGUUCAAACAAGUAGCUGAGGCAUAUGAAGUGUUAUCGGAUGCUAAAAAGCGGGACAUCUAUGACAAAUAUGGCAAAGAAGGAUUAAAUGGUGGUGGAGGAGGAGGUGGAAGUCAUUUUGACAGUCCAUUUGAGUUUGGCUUCACAUUCCGGAACCCAGAUGAUGUCUUCAGGGAAUUUUUUGGUGGAAGGGACCCAUUUUCAUUUGACUUUUUUGAAGACCCAUUUGAUGACUUUUUUGGAAACCGAAGGGGUCCCCGAGGAAGUAGAAGCCGAGGUGCUGGCUCAUUUUUCUCUGCCUUCAGUGGAUUUCCUUCUUUUGGAAGUGGAUUUACUGCUUUUGAUACAGGCUUUACUCCAUUCGGGUCACUAGGUCAUGGGGGUCUCACUUCAUUUUCUUCAACGUCAUUUGGCGGCAGUGGAAUGGGCAACUUCAAAUCAAUAUCAACUUCAACUAAGAUAGUUAAUGGCAAAAAAAUCACUACAAAGAGAAUUGUGGAGAACGGCCAAGAAAGAGUAGAAGUUGAAGAAGAUGGGCAGUUAAAGUCCUUGACAAUAAAUGGUGUGGCCGACGAGAACGCCCUUGCAGAAGAAUGCCAGCGGAGGGGCCAACACACACCAGCUCUGGCCCCUGGCCCGGCCCCAGCACCAGUCCGGGUCCCCUCCCAGGCCCGGCCCCCGGCCCCAACUCCGGCCCCAACUCCAGCCCCAACUCCAGCCCCAGCUCCAGCCCAGACUCCGGCCCCUUCUGUCAGCACCCGCCCACAGAAGCCACCCAGGCCUGCCCCAACGGCCAAACUUGGGUCUAAAAGCAGCUGGGAAGAUGACGAGCAGGACAGGCAGCGGGUUCCUGGCAACUGGGAUGCCCCUAUGACCUCAGCAGGACUCAAAGAAGGUGGCAAGAGGAAGAAGCAGAAGCAGAAAGAGGACUCGAAGAAGAAGAAGUCGACCAAAGGGAACCACUAGGCUGGACUUGGCGGCAGCCGCUGUGUGUGUGUGUGUGUGUGUGUGUGUGUGUGUGUGUUGCGCAUGCGCAUGGCAGCGGCAUCCUUUAAAUGCCGCCCAGGGUCACUUCGCUUAGCAGGAUUGUGCCCACGGAUCGGUAGGAUCCAAGGGUGUUGGAGACGGAGGCAACAAUCCCGGGUAGCUUGUAUAAGUUUGUGACACAGCCUCAGCCUUGUAACUCUGCUUUUCCCCAACACCAAAUCCAUAGCUUUUCCCUCGAGUUGUAAAGGUCUGCCUCAUUCUUUUCAGCAGCCCAAGUCCUGCUUUGAGCUCUGAGGUAUUUGUAGUUGUAGGAGUCCAUAGGGUCCAGUAGGGAGCUAGGUAUGUGUUCAUGAUAGACUACCUCCUGGUGGUGGUACAGUGCGCAGUUUUAAGUACAGUGGAACUUACAGGUAAAGUAAGCUGUGCGUUGAGCCAUGGGUUUUAGGAUGCUUUGAUUGAGGGUACUCAGUCAACACUAAGGCCAUCGGGAGCCACUUCAGAUAUAGUCUUUCCUUAUUUAUUGUUCAACUUUUAAUCUUCUCCAGGUAGUCAAAAAUUGACACCAAGUAUAGUUUAGUUUUUGGGAAAUCACAUCUUUUCUUCUUGGAGAAAUAUUUGUCCUUUUUCAGUCAAAAGGUUUUUCUUAGCAAUACCAUUUCUAGUAAUGGUAGGUCAGUGCUACUGGCUAUUUACACAAACACACAGCACACAGAGGCGCGUGCAAAAUAAUCAGCUAGGAAGUAAGAAGCAAAUAAUGGUCCCUUCACAAGCUUUGACCCAUCACAACCCAUGCCAUGCUGUCACCUAACUUGUGGUUUGCAUUGAGCACCAGGUAGUUCCGAUGCCAUCUCACUUCUGGGCUGCAUGUGUCUCUUGGCAGUGUCACUUCCUUUUAGCCAUGAGGAUCUGUUGUUUGAACUUUGUCCCCUUGGCAAUGAGCAUAUGAUAAACAGUGUUGGUGAGCUUGAGAUGGGUCCAGCAGUGUGGAAAGGGGAAGCUUUGUGAGGUCUGGGCACUGCCGUAGCUAGGAGCUGGGACAGGACCCACCCGGGUUUUGAGGAAGUGACCAUGAAGUGUUUGCUGAGUUUGCUUGGUUUUGGUGGGAGGUGGUGUGGGCAAUUAUGGAGAAUGGAUUGGUGUUAAUGUGUGUUGUGGAAAUGUGACCCUCAAGGAGGAAUGUAUUUUAGUGCUACUGACGUAAAUAAAAUGUAAACGUCACUGA